CCGUGCUUUUCUUUUUUUUUUCCCCCUCCUACCAUUACCAACGCACUAGGGCAAAUUCACCACCAUAUCAUACAUAUUCUUAAAUCGACCAACUUUCCCCAUCACACAAGUUGAGUGGCUUCUUUGCAGGAGCACCAGCACAACAGACCAGUACGAGUACCGGUAGAUGGUGAAAAAAAAAGUUGUUUUUCCCCUCGCUUCUAGAUUUCCCGAUAAGCUUUUUCGGUGUUCUGAUCCCUUCUUCUGACUUGCCUCACUUUGGUCUGUUUUUAUCCAAUUCCCUUUCCUCUUUCAUUUCUUUUUUCUUCUUCUCCCUUUUGGCUCCUUUGUCUGAGCUGUGAGUCCUCCUCACCCAAGCGCUUCCUUUGGAUUCUCCAGUUUUCGCGGAUGACUAAGGAGAGGCAUCAGCCCCUAUUGGCUGGAUGGUGACUUUGAGACAGAAUGCCCGUUGCACGUUCGCUAACCCCAAGAAAGCACUCUCCCCUGUCGUAGGCGUGGUACCGUACAUCACCUCUCCUCUCAUCAAAGCCCCUCCUCGCCCCUUGAAAACAAAAAACCUUCCCUCCUUUUUCCCGCCCUAUCCCCCCCGCCAGUGAAAGUCAACUCCCGCCUACAAAAAUAUCCUUGGGUAGGAAAAAGUAACAAAUUCCUAUCUUUAAGAGAAACCAUCGGAAAGAGGUUCGUCACUGCACACACAUCCUCCUCAACCAAACGUUAAUUCACCCCUCAUCCUACGGAUUUCACAGACCCUCCUGACCGUGGACUGUGCUAGAUUCCAGGGAACAAUCUCAGAUUGUCCGGCUCCCACUUGAACGUUGUGUAACAUCACUUGCUCUACAAGCCAUUUGUUGUGGCCGCGUCAAACCUUCGGGGUCCAACUUCUCUGCCCUCUCAGUGACAGCCUCGUGCUUCUUUCAGUAGACGACACCACGGUUUCAUCACUCCCUCUUCCUCGACCCUUGACGGCUUAGUCUUCCUCCUCCGGAUCCCGUUGUCACCCAUUUUCCCAUCUAAACAACUCUACCACCACUAACACUACAACCACUGCUACCACUCCCUCAUCUCAUCCACUCAUCCUCAUCUCGAACACAGCCAACCGCAACCAUGAAUGUUUCCGAGGUGUUGGCCAACACCCUCUCUGGGGGUAAGUUCAUCCUCGGUUGCAAUCUUCUUCCCCCGCUCGAGAGAUAUUAACGAUCCUGCUUUCGUUGCAGAUGCCACGAUCCGUAAUGCCGCCGAACAGCAACUCUCGACUGCUGCCUCUCAACAUUUUGUACGUUUGUCCAUCCCUGCCCCCCGCCCUCCAUAUCCCUCUAUCAUGAAAGUGAUCUAACCGUCCAUCGACCACAGCCCGAAUAUCUUCAAAUGCUCUCGGCGGAACUCGCCAAUGAAGAAACACAACCGUUCAUUCGAAGUGCUGCCGGCAUUGCUCUGAAGAAUGCUCUUACCGCCAGGGAACGAACACGUUUGCUUGAAGUGCAACAGAAAUGGACUUCGCAGGUGGACCCCACUAUAAAGGAACAAGUGAAGGAGAAUUCGCUUCGAACGCUUGCAUCAAACGACAAUCGUGCCGGAACCUCUGCUGCUCAGCUUAUUGCGGCUAUUGCGGCCAUCGAACUGCCUCAGAACCAGUGGCAGGGAUUGAUGCCUGCGCUGGUCCGGAAUGUUGGGGAGGGUUCUGACAGUCUGAAGCAAUCCUCACUGACCACUAUUGGCUACAUCUGUGAAUCGGAGGAUCCCGAUCUUCGGGAGAGCUUGAACCAGCACUCAAAUGCGAUCCUUACCGCAGUAGUCCAGGGCGCCCGGAAGGAGGAGUCUAACAAUGAUGUACGGUUUGCGGCUAUGGUGGCGCUAAGUGAUUCCCUCGAAUUCGUCAGGACGAACUUCGACAAUGAUGGGGAACGAAAUUAUAUCAUGCAGGUUAUUUGCGAAGCGACCCAGAGUGACGACUUCAGGAUACAGCAAGCAGCCUUUGGCUGCCUAAAUAGGAUCAUGAGUCUUUACUAUGAUAAGAUGAAAUUUUAUAUGGAGAAGGCUCUAUUUGGUCUCACCAUCGUUGGGAUGAAACAUGACGAGGAGGAAGUCGCUAAACUAGCCAUUGAAUUCUGGUGUACAGUGUGUGAGGAGGAAUCCGCUAUCGAAGACGAUAACGCUCAGGUAAGCAGAAAAUACAAACGAAAGUACAUCCAUUUGAACCCUAAUAUCUUGCAGUAUCAAGCCGAGGGUGGGACCGAGCUUCGGCCAUUCUUUAACUUUGCUCGAAUUGCAACCCCCGAGGUUGUUCCCGUAUUACUGGAGCUCCUUACUAAGCAAGAUGAGGAUGCUGGGGACGACGAGUACAACAUUUCUCGCGCCGCUUAUCAGUGCCUGCAAUUAUACUCUGCCUGCGUUGGCGGGUUGGUUAUCCAACAUGUAUUGGCAUUUGUGGAACUGAAUUUAAGACACGAGAACUGGCGUUUAAGAGACGCUGCCGUUUCAGCAUUUGGAGCAAUCAUGGAGGGGCCCGACAUCAAACUUUUGGACCCCCUUGUUAAGCAGGCUUUGCCGAUACUUGUGGGAAUGAUGAACGAUAAGGUUUUGAUGGUCAAAGAUUCUGCUGCAUACGCUCUUGGAAGAAUCUGCGACUGUUGUGGAACGGCUAUCGAUCCCGAACUGCAUCUGCCAAGUUUAAUCCAGGCGCUGUUUUCUGGCCUCAAAGACAGCCCCAAAAUGGCCAGUUCUUGCUGUUGGGCUUUAAUGAAUUUGGCGGAUAGAUUUGGAAUCGAUAGCGAAGGGGAGGAAAACCCAUUGUCAAAGUACUUCAAGGAUAGCGUGAGCGCCUUACUUGCCGCUACAGAGAGGUGUGUCCACCAGUUCCGGCCCAGUUCUCACUCUUUAUAAACUUAUUGGCGGGUAAGACGGCUCUGACAUAUCUUAAUUGUGCAGACCAGAUGCGGAUAACCAACUACGAACAGCUUGUUAUGAAGUACUCAACUCUUUCAUCACCAACGUCGGCCAAGAUGAGUUGCCAUCGAUUGCACACCUAUGUAAUGUCAUCAUAGAGCGACUAGAAAAGACCAUUCAGCUCCAAAACCAGAUCGUUAGCCCCGACGACCGUAUCACUUUGGAGGAAAUGCAGACAAGCUUGACAGUAGUCAUGGGAGUAGGUUAUCCAUCAAUGCGGUAUAAAUAUCGAAAUACUGGCUAAUGGACAUGUUAGAGUAUCGUCCAACGUUUGGAGAAAGAGAUCGUGCCCCAGGCAGACCGUAUUAUGCAAAUCCUUCUUCAGAUCCUUAGUAUGCUACCGCCCAAUUCCUCUGUUCCGGACGCUAUCUUUGGUACGGUUGGGGCGAUGGCAAAUGCUCUUGAAGAAGAUUUCACCAAGUAUAUGGAAGCAUUUGCGCCUUUCUUGUUUAAUGCAUUGAGCAACCAGGAAGAGCAACAGCUUUGCUCCGUGGCCAUUGGCCUUGUGAGCGACAUUUCUCGUUCAAUAGGCGACAAAGUAGCCCCUUACUGUGACAAUUUCAUGAAUCACCUACUCAGCAACCUUCAGGUUGGUUUACCUGCUAAAUGUAACCUUUUGCCAUGAUACUUACUAUUACCGUAGAGUAAUACCUUAAGUCAGCAGUUUAAACCUGCUAUCCUGCAAUGUUUCGGAGAUGUUGCCCAAGCUAUAGGGGGCCUCUUCGAGACUUAUCUCCAAGUCGUUAUGGGUGUGCUUCAACAAGCUGCUUCUAUCUCUCCUGCACCUGAUAGCAACUAUGAGAUGGUGGAAUACGUCAUUUCUCUUCGUGAGGGUAUCAUGGAUGCUUACGAUGGCAUAAUUAUCGCCCUCAAGUCAGGGGACAAGAGUGAGUCGCCCACAAUCAGCUCAAUCCCGUUCUCAGGACGUUUUGAACGAAUCUAACCAUCCCAGCAGCUCAGCUUCUUGCACCAUAUGUUCAACAUAUCUUUGGGUUCCUCUCAGCAAUUAACGCCGAUCCUAACAAAACCGAAAAUCUGAUGAGAUCAGCUAUGGGUGUCCUCGGGUAUGUUAUUUGUUCACAGUUAAUACGAAUCCUCGGGCUUACACCAUCUAGGGAUUUGGCGGAUGCAUUCCCCAACGGUGAAAUUUCUCAGUACUUUAGGGCGGAUUGGAUUAAUGCAAUGAUUAAGGAGACUCGCUUAAACCGCGAAUACGCUCCCAGAACUACUGAGACGGCCAGAUGGACUCGGGAACAAGUCAAGCGCCAGCAAAGCCAGCCCUCUUAGACGCUUAAAAAAAGAAGGCCGUGAUGGAGAUGGUCCCUGUUUGCUUGAAUAGAAAUAAAGACGGCCUGGGGAUUAUACUCGUCUUUCCUAGACGAUAAACUUAUAAUUCAAUAGGCUGAUCAUUUUCAAAUUGGGCAUUGGCUUCGUUUUUUUCAUAUGUUUGUGUUUCUCAACUCGGUUCAUGGGGGAGUUUGUCGUUUCUAUAAGCCUCUCCUCUUUCUCCUUUUUUAUUCCAUGAAGGCUAUUAUCUGUCGGUAAUGACCAUCACGCUACAGGAGUUCGAAUCUGUUUUCUUACCAGAUGAGAUUUCCAAGUAUGUGGAUGGUUCUAUUUCACUUCUCUUUUUCCCCUUCUCUUUUCCUUUAACCCUUCUCAUUCUCAUCCUGUCAAUUUUUUUGUAUCUCUUUUUUUAGAUGGAUCGGUUUUGUUUUUUUGAAGACAGGCUCCUAUCUUUGUAUUCCCUGUGUUUGUUUUUUGUCUUUCCUCCUUUCCCCUUCCCACAGCAUCAGAUUUCCCCCUCCCCAUCCCCAAUUACCCAAUUUUCAAUCACCAUAUAACCAACCGCAUCAUCCCGCAAAUGAUCACAUGAUUUCAUAUGUCGUUUUCUUUCUCCUUUCCACCAGACUUCCCAUACAGUUCCCCAUCCCUCACCCACCCUGCCCAGGCGCCAAUUGAAUCUAAUCCAAUCAUCAAAAUUAUUAAACCCUGUUAAUUAGCGAAUUUCUCUUCUUUUCGUGCCUCCUUCAUGUGCCCCUGCCCGUCAUGAUACGCUUUCAUCCAUCAUCCAUUUCCAUAUAUUUCCUAGUCCACCAGUCACGCACUCGACGUCGAUUCUUGUGGGCUGUUUGUAGGUCUGUAGAUUGUUCGGCUGGUUUUGUUACAGAUUAGGGCUGGCCCGGCUUGACGUGCUGUAUAAAUCGUGGGGAGGACGGAAGGGGAAAUGUAAAUUGUGAGGAGGCAAGAGGGAGAGGGUCUUGCGGUGCGUAUUUCAUUGGGGGUUAUGAAUGCGGGUUGGGUUGGCUGGAUCGGCCGGGGGGAACACCUCCAAGGGGAGGUGUCUUUUUUAUCUGCUCAUUAAAAUAGCAGCAGUGGGAAGAGAAGGGAAUGGAUAGAGUUUGGGUUAGAUUGACGGUUUGUGGAUGUAUGUGGCGCGGCGGUAACGGUGGUAUGGGUGUAAGGGGCCGUUUGGCGUUACGGUUUUGUGUGGUUACCAACCAUGGUUUGGCCAUAAAGCAUAAAAACUGACCAAUUAUGGCCCUUAAAAUGGAUUAUAUAAGCAGGCUUUGAGGCCAAACCAUGGUUGGUAACCACACAAAACCGUAACGCCAAACGGCCCCUAAGAUUUUACGGGCAUGAGCGGGGGAAGGACAGGCACGGGGUGGGGGGCUGGUUAAGUCAUGGCACAGGGAUGGCAUC